CAUAAAUACCACCGUUCACAACACACUCCACUCACAAAACCAUUAUCACUUCUCAGUUCUCUCGACCUGAAAGCCAUGACUAAAGACGUUGAAGUGGCGGAGCACCACGGCGGCGGCGGCGAAUACGCCGCCAAGGACUACCACGAUCCACCUCCUGCCCCCUUCUUUGACGCCGACGAACUCACCAAAUGGUCCUUCUACAGAGCACUCAUCGCCGAGUUCGUCGCCACUCUCCUCUUCCUCUACGUCACUGUUUUAACAGUCAUCGGUUACAAAAGCCAGACCGAUCCUGCUUUGGACCUCGAUCAGUGCGGCGGCGUUGGAAUUCUCGGCAUCGCCUGGGCCUUCGGUGGCAUGAUCUUCAUCCUCGUCUACUGCACCGCCGGUAUCUCCGGAGGACACAUUAACCCUGCUGUCACAUUCGGAUUGUUUUUGGCGAGAAAGGUGUCGUUGAUUAGGGCUGUAGGUUACAUGAUUGCACAGUGUUUGGGAGCAAUUUGUGGUGUAGGGUUAGUGAAAGCUUUUCAGAGCUCAUACUACGACCGGUACGGCGGCGGUGCCAACGAAUUGGCCGACGGUUACAAUAAGGGCACCGGACUCGGUGCUGAGAUCAUCGGAACCUUCGUCCUUGUUUACACUGUCUUCUCUGCCACCGAUCCCAAGAGGAGUGCACGAGACUCCCAUGUUCCUGUAUUGGCACCACUUCCCAUCGGAUUCGCUGUUUUCAUGGUGCACUUGGCCACCAUUCCGAUCACCGGCACCGGCAUCAACCCGGCGAGAAGUUUUGGCGCCGCCGUGAUUUACAACAAGGCGAAGGCAUGGGAUGAUCAAUGGAUCUUCUGGGUGGGACCAUUCAUCGGAGCAUUGGCCGCCGCCGUCUACCACCAGUUUGUACUGAGAGCCGCCGCAAUCAAGGCACUUGGCUCUUUCAGAAGCAAUGCUUGAGCUUGAAAGAUGUUCAUCCAUGGCUGUUCAUGCCUUGUAGAUAUCUUUGCAAAUUCCCCUUAAAAGAAUUGGGUUUCAUGUAAUUGUUAUUUAUUUUCUUUGUGUCUUGUUUAUGUGAAUUGUAAGUGUUCUUUUUUUUCUUUUUUAAUUUUGAUUUUGUGAUCCAAGUAUUUCAAGAUCAAAAGGUGUGGAAAUAUGUAAUUUAAGAGUUCAUGUUCUUAUCAUAA